AUGGCAUCGACGAAGCCCGAAGGCGCUCACCUUACCUCGUAUGAACCGGCUUUGACGGGGCCCGAAGUGGCCGAUAUCAACAAGUCGAGCAGUAGAGAUGAGCCUCCGCCGGGGGUUAAAGACGAUGCAUCAUUAAGUCCGACGCAGGAAGAUGGCACGGAGAUCAAUUUCAAGAACUUGGAGUGGUGGCAAGCCGGCUUGGUCAUGAUAGCCGAGACCAUCUCCCUCGGUAUCCUUUCGCUCCCAUCUGCCAUCGCGAACAUCGGCUUGGCUCCAGGCAUCGUCCUCAUUCUGUUUCUGGGCAUUCUCUCCACCAUUUCCGGUCUGGUAAUGGGCGAGUUCAAGCGCGCAUACCCGUGGGUGAAGAAUUUCGGCGACGCCGGAGAGGUGCUUGGACGACCGAUUGGGAUGGGCCGGUUCUUCCAGGAGUUCUUCGGCUGGGCGCAGACGAUAUUCCAGAUCUUCGUCAUGGGAAGCCACUUGCUGACGUGGACUAUCUGCCUCAACACGCUGACGGAUAGCUCCACGUGCACUAUUGUGUGGGCUUUCGUCGGUUUGGCGGUAUUCUGGGUGCUGAACAUUCCGAGGACGCUGAAGUACACGAGCUACAUGUCGAUUGUCUCGUUCCUGUCAAUCUUUACGGCCGUCCUCAUGACCAUGAUCGACGUAGGCAUCGAGCGGCCGAUCGGCAGCGGCCACAUCGACGUAUCACGACAGCUGAGUUUCACGACGGCCUUCUUGCCAGUCACCAACAUCGCUGUCGCCUUCAGCGGACACUCUUGUUUUUUCGCCGUCAUGUCCGAGCUCAAGAAACCGGAGGACUGGUCCAAGGCCCUGGCUCUGCUGCAGAUCUGCGACACCACCAUCUACCUCGUCGCUGCCAUCGUCAUAUAUUUCUACGUCGGGCCGGACGUGCCAUCUCCAGCGCUUACGGCUGCGGCGUCGCUGACCCUGCGGAAGGCCAUAUGGGGGAUCGCAAUACCGACUAUCGUCAUUGCUGGGGUCAUCUACGGGCAUGUUGCCGCCAAGUACGUGUUCGACAGGGUAUUCGCGGGAACGGUGCACAUAGAGAAACGCACGCGUUGGGGCACUGCUGGCUGGGCUGGUAUCACUGUGGCGGUAUGGGCCAUCGCGUUGGUCAUUGCGGAGUCCAUACCGGUGUUUAGCAGCUUGCUUGGUUUGGUCUGCGCUUUGUUCGCGAGCUGGUUCUCGUAUGGUAUACCCGGGAUACUCUGGCUGUUUAUGUACAAAGGGGCGUGGUUCAGAGAUGGGAAGAGCAUAGCCAUGUUCGGCGUUAACGUGGCAUUGUUCUUGACGGGGCUAACAAUAUGUGCGUUGGGGCUUUGGAGCUCUGCUACAGCCAUAUCUGCGGAGACGGGGACGGCUGCUUGGACCUGCAAGAGUAAUGCCGGGUGA